CUAUAUGAAUAAAUAAAUGACCAUAUAAAAGAGUGAAAAAUAUAUCAUAAGUAAGAUUUGAAGGAACUUUCAGAAGAUUUGAAGGAACUAAAGUAUCUAGCUAGCUAGGAGAAAUAUAAAAGUGAAGGAUAUGUCAGGGGCACAAGGAGCACAACCAAAAGAGUCAAAAACAGCAACAACAUAUGAAUCAAUAGAAGGAGGACAAAAUCGUACAAGAACUGAUUUGCUUUCAAAGGAGGAUCAAGGUAGCAUUCAAGUUGAUAAGUUAGAAGAGAAGGUUCAUGAUCCUGCUGGUAAAGGUGGUCCUGUCUUUGGUCCUGGUAAAGAUGACAAUAAGCAAGAUCUUGGACUCACUGGCACUGGCUAAUUAAUACACAUACAUCAUGGUUCUUGUUCAUGAUUCAGCCACUCUCUUUUGUUAUGUUUUUUUUAUUAUGUUAGAAAUUUUAGGAAUGGGGCAAUAAUGUGUAGUUCUAAUCAUGUAUGUGCUUAAUAGUUUGUGGAAUAAAAAGGAAGAAAUUGUGGUUUAUUAUGUACCAAAUACCAAGUUCUUCUUAUUGGAAUCCUUUUUCUUUAUUGUGGCUG